AGCCGGUCUUCUGUGUCGUGCUCUUAAGUAUUGUAUUUAUUCUUACAGUGCAACAACUCAUUGACACAGCCGGAGUGUUGAAUAGAGUAGCAUUUUGACCAUUACCUUGGGCCUUCACUAGUAAGUGAAUUGUGUACGAGAGAGAUAGCAAGUAACGCCUUGUUCGAUCAGCGAUGGCCUCGCCGGGCUCCAUGUCACUGGACGGCUUGAGCAGCUGUAGUUCGUCUGACAGUGAAUUUCAUGGCGAAAACGCAGAGGAUUUGUCAUUUUCCGAACUGGACGCGAUACCAGAGUUUCUCAUGCCAUGUGCACACCAACUGAAAAGUCUUCAGCUUGAUCACAAUUCUAUCACUGUGCUUCCUCGAUCAAUCGCAAUGUUCAAAAAUUUGAUCACACUGGACUUGAGCAACAAUCAAAUGUCACAUCUCAGCUCGGAGCUGUGUAGUUUGUCUUUUCUUAGGACAUUGUCGGCCAAAAAUAACCUGCUAGAUACAGAAUCUAUUCCGAAAGAUUUCGGUUCAUUGCAGGCCCUCGAAAUCCUGAAUUUCAGUGGCAACGGAUUCAUUGAUGUGCCUAUACAAAUCACAGAACUCUCAAGACUGCGGAGUUUGUACAUGGGACAAAACUGUUUGAAAUCUUUACCCAGUGAGGUGAAACAUUUGACAAGACUGCAGAACCUGUACUUGGGAGGUAACCAGUUGUCUGGGAUUCCAGCUGAGGUGGGUCAGCUACAGAACCUGGCCUGCCUAGUGCUGUGUGACAAUCAGCUGCAGAGUCUGCCCCCUACCCUGGUCAGUCUGCGCCGCCUCCAGUCACUCAGUCUCCACAACAACUGCCUGUCAACACUCCCUCCAGAGAUUGUCUCCUUGAACUUGGUGGAACUGAGUCUGAGAAACAACCCACUGAUUAUGAAGUUUGUCCAGGAGAUGGUGCACAACCCGCCCUCCUUGCUGGAACUCUCUGGCCGCACCAUCAAAUCUGAAAAGGUUAAGUACUCCCACCACGACCUGCCAGGCAACCUCCUCCACUAUCUGGAGAGUGCCCAUAGAUGUGUCAACCCAAAAUGUAAAGGGGUGUAUUUCUCAGCCCGAGUGGAGCAUGUGAAGUUUGUGGACUUCUGUGGAAAAUACCGGAUCCCAUUGAUGCAGUACCUAUGUUCCCCGCAGUGUACAGCAGCUCACCCGUCAGUACAGGCCAGUGAGUCAGACACAGAUGAUGAUGACUCCGCCUCUCAGAAGAUCCGCAAGGUUCUCCUGGGGUAAACAUUUAAAAUCCACAUACGUCUCCCAGGAUAAACACUACUGAUCCACAAACUUCUGUUGGAGAAGACAAAAAGCUUUCCUGGGUUAGCCACUAGGUUCGCCUAACGUGUACAGAACUGCAAGUUUUCCUUGGAUACCAUAGGCACAGAAGAUCCAAAAAAUUCUCCUUAGCCCAGAAGAUCCAUAGUUCUCUUUCGAUGUGCCCAAAAGAUCCACAGUUCACCUUGGAUGUGCACAAAAGAUCCACAGUUCUCCUUGGAUAUGCACAGAAGAUCCACAAAGUUCUCAUUAUGCAGCAGAUUGGUUUGAGACAUGCUCAAUGAGGAGCAUGGUUCCCCUGCAAUGGUCAAAUAGUCUUUCAGUGCAUCAUAGAUGUACAUGUAAAUGGUUACAGGUAUUUCAGUAUGACAACUGUGUUAACUGUUAAACUUAGUCUAUCAUGCUAAACCUGUAUAUUUCAAUGUGUAUGGAACAUUAAAAUCUCCACAUGUAGAGACGUUAAACCCCAAGCACUCACUCACUCACUCCACAUGUAGAAGCCCUACAGAGGCACUUUUGGAUACAUGUACACUUGGGUAAUCUGGGGUAAUUUCUACAAGGUAAUCAUAUGCAUUGAGAUAAAUGGGGUGCCAAUUUACCGUCACCAUCAGGUUUUAACUUUAUGCUGCCAACAUGCAUUUACGUGUUUAUUCAUCUGUCAAUUGGAAUUAAGCUUAACCAAUGAUUUGUGCCUUUAAAAUGUUUUAAUGUUUUUCUAUUUACAGCAAUACCCAAAUGUUUGAAGUGGUGCUAAAAUUCCAAUCUACAUUUAUAUGCAUAAUGACCUGUUUAGUUAUGGUAGUCAUAACCUCUUCUUGCACUAAAGUAUUGUAUAAAAUCAUAUUUGAGCUUUAUGUCAGAGAGGGUGGGGUUGUUUAUUGAGAACUCCCUUUGAAAUUGUCAACACUUCUUUUAUGUCAUUUAAAGUAACAGAAAGCUAAAAUAUGAAGUAAGGUUCAUACGGUUUUGUUCUGGUGUUGACCAUAAGGAAGGAAUUCUUGCGAACAUUAUUCAGUAAUCUUUUAGUCAUGGGUAGAAAGAGUUAUUCCAACACUCAGGGUCGUGAUUUGAGCUGGAAAAUCUUCCUGGGACGUCAGAGUUCCUAAACUAUGAUGGUAAUGUCCAUAAAGCCCACAUUAGAAUUCAAACGUUUGAACGACGUUAUCUUUCUUCACAAAAAUCUAAACAAAACAAAUGAUAGUAUAUUUAUGCAUCGUUUUAACUAGUCUAUUAAAUGAUGCCUGCUUUAAUUUUUAGGCCUUUUCCUGUAAAAGCGUUAGAUAAUAAUAAUAUUAUUAUUUUUGUUUUUGAGAGAUCACCCAGUGCAAAACAAAUCUUCCUUAAGUCCCUUACAUGUACAAUGGCCGUACAUGUAGGUUGACAUUCACUCAUAUCACGCGAGACCAUGGAUAGCUGAACAUUUGCCAUUUUACUUGUGCCCAAAGGCGUGGAAAUGUUGUCUAAAUAAUUUUGAUGUUAAUAAAUAACUGCUGCAUGGCGACAUAAGUCCAAAGCCAUGCUUUGUUGCAAAUGCUAAACAAAUUAUUCAUAAUCUGUACAGCAACAUAAUAUCCCUAUAUUAUGAAGCAUAAUUCUCAAAGAUAAUCUAUUGGUGUUAUCUAUAAUCUUCAGUGAACAUAUUUUCAGACUCCCCAGUUUGUAUGUGCACACAAUUAUUUGAUGAUGUACUGUUUCUCUAAAGCUGGAAGGAAAGUACUCUUGCAAACACUUUUGUAAAUGGUUUUCAAUGGAUUCUUUCUGCCAUUAACAUCAUGUUCACAGAGUAUUCUCACAAGACAAUUUAUGCCCAUCACCAUGUUGCGUUGACAUAAAAACCUAAAUUUUGUCAGACAAAUAGGUUACAUCAAGCAAAGUACUGUUUUUCAGCCAUCCAGAUUUCCAGCAAUAAGCCAAAAAAGCCAUGUGAAUACCAUAUUUGACAGUUCUGAGAGUUUGGCAGUUUGGGCGUGUUAGUGUUGUCAGUGUGAUUCUUUUAACAGACGGUAGCUAUACCUGUAUUACUGAAUGACUAAUCGGAUAAAGUUCUGUACUUUCAUUCUGAACUGUAAUGUUGUUGCACUGUAUACCAUGAGCACACCGUUCACCAAUUAGUUUUAGUUGUCAGUGGUAUACGAGCCUAUCAGUAGAUGUCAUCAGAAAUUUGCUCUUAGAUAUUUAAACUUGUGGCAUUUGUUGGAUUCUUAGCUUUGCUUGGAACCGUUGUAACCUUUCUGUUUUCUUCUGCUUGUCUGUGAGUGUGCAUAAAACCUCUCUCAUGGAAUUAUCAGAACAUAAUUGAUAAUUGAUCUUCAUUAGAUUAAUAAAUGAUUUACAUAUAUAUUUAUGAAUUGUUUUCAUACGUCCAGAAACAUCCAGUGUGAUUGUGCUAUUAAUCUGAUCAGGGACAUUAGUUCGUGUAUAAUGGAUUUAUUUUGAUCAGAACGAAUAUAUAUACAAAGAUGAGGACCUUGUGCAGUUCAAGCUGAGCUCUGUGUUAUCCUUAUCCUGAAAAUGUGGCACAAGUGAUCUGAUAUAUUUUCUUAAUAAAAUGAGGAUCUUCAUGUACAGUGUCUAUUUAUUGAGGAAUAUAAAUAUUUUCCGCAUGUACAGUUGUAUGCAGUGCAUGAAAUCUGCUCUGUGCCCAGCUGUAUUGGCUGAAAAGCAACUUUGAAAUAGAUAAAACCAAAGAAGUGUAACUGACCGUAAGAUUGUGGAAACCAAACACUAAUAUUUAUAAGAAACAUGUAGUACUACGUAUACUUUCUUGCAUGAAAUCCAGCAUCUGUUUUAUGUGGUUUUUCGGAUAGGAAACUGAAUUGAGUGGGGUUGUGCAAGAACAUUCUAGAGUUUGUGUCUCGAUUGUGAAACAUGUUUACUUCUUUGACGGGUAUGCGGCUUUGCAUCGUAGGUUUAAUCAGCAGUGUGAACCACAUGUUCCUUUGUCAUUUUUUAUCAUUCCAUUUCAAAGUGUUUAUGUUUUAGAGCAGUGGAUGAUGUAGAAUGUACUUAAUGUAUUUCCAUUUAUUAUACGUGCCAAUUCGGUCAGUAGGGUCAAUACUAGAACUAAUUAUUAAUGAUUUUACUGUUAGCGGAAUAUUAUCAAAGUGAAUAAUUAAUGAAGCCAUUCAGUAUUGAUUUCGUUAUACAUGUAGUUGUCAUGUAUUGUUUACAUAAACUGUCAGCAAACGCCUAGCUACCUCUGUAUGGAGAUAUAGUUGCUGUAUAAAGAUGAAGUUAUUUUUGACUGAAAGGAAUGAAAAUCAAAUAAAUGUGAUUUAUUUUA